UUACUAAAGCGGAAAAAGCCGUAUGUUCUCGGUGUAUUGAGUCAUUUGUACACGUUGAUGCGUUUCUUAAUUUUAUUAUAACCGUCUUUGUCUGAAAAAGUAUUUAGGAAAUUAACAAAUGGGUGGUCUCUUGAGCUAUUUCUCAGGCUGGUUUGGUCCUAAGGAAAGGCGAAUCCUUAUUCUCGGAUUAGAUGGAGCUGGAAAGACAACUAUUUUGUACAGACUGCAAGUUGGAGAAGUCGUCACUACUAUUCCAACCAUUGGUUUCAAUGUGGAAACAGUAACGUUCAAGAAUUUGAAGUUUCAAGUAUGGGAUUUAGGAGGACAAACAAGUAUAAGACCGUACUGGAGAUGUUAUUACUCGAACACGGAUGCCAUCAUAUAUGUAGUGGACAGCAUGGAUCGUGACAGGAUAGGUAUUUCCAAACAAGAGCUGGUGUCUAUGUUGGAAGAAGACGAAUUGAAAAAGGCUGUACUGGUGGUCUUUGCCAACAAGCAAGACAUAGAGGGUGCAAUGACUGCAGCCGAAGUUGCCAAUGCCCUCGGCCUCUCAAGUCUGAAGAAUAGAAAAUACCAAAUAUUUAAAACUUCUGCAAUUAAAGGCGAAGGUCUUGAUGAAGCUAUGGAGUGGUUGUCAAAUACAGUUACACAACAGAAAUAAAUUGGUGUCAGCAUUAUCAGAAUGUAGUGUGUUUGGAUGAAAGUUCACUGAAUGAGAUCACUUACAUAAACUGUGAAAUACAUUAUUUCUCAUGAACAAAGCACAUUUGUUGAAGAAAGGUAGAUGAAUUGAAUGUUUACCACAUGAUACAUGAUUUAUUACAUGAAAUAGAUUCUAUUGACAUUGACUGUAAAUAAACACACAUAUUUAUACAUUAAUAGUCUAUUACUGUAAUAUAGCAUGCCUAGGAGAAUGGGAGAUAAAUACCAGACCCCGAAUUUUGUGAUGAAUUCCGUAUGUGGAGAUUGUUUCUGGUCAGAAAGAAAGUUAAACAUGAUGAUAUCAUUUCAAUUUUGGUAGUCCGUUACGAAUACCUUUAACACACUGUAGGCACAUUUAUUUUGGUCAGUUAGUCGGGACAUUUGGUUGAUGCAAUCUCUAGAGUGGAGCUUAUAAAUCAAGCCUGAUUCUAAAAUUUUAUAAAUUAUGAUAUAAAGUGUAAUAUUGUAAAACGACCAACCUAAACAGUGUGACUAAAAAAAUUAGGGGUAUCUUUUUCAAGUGUUACCAGUGGUGGUUACAUAUUUUUUUAAUAGUGAGGACUUUAAAAUGUUGUAAAUGAUAAUGUGGUAGAAUGCAUAAAGUAUUAAUGACUUUACUAAAAGUAGAAAACAAUAGUUUAUUGUACAAAAAAAGGAAAAAAGAAAGAAGAUAAAAUUCAGUAUGCAAAUACAUUUUAAUACUAGUAGGGCAUUGGUAGGUCUUCCAGUGGAUUUUAAGUUUAAGGACUGUAUUUAAACAGUGAAAAAUAUAGAUAUAAACACAGCACUAUUAGUAUGUUCGUAAUACAUGUAUUUUGCAGCUUUCUGAUUACCUAGAUAGGAUCUUAAAAAUGGUUCAUUUUUUCAAAUACGUAAUAUGCAUUAUACAUCUGAUGACCUUUGGGCAAUCUUCACUAGGAAAGGCAAGUGAGCUUCCGUAGAAAGUUUUUGAAGAAUGAUAAACUGAUUGCCUUACAGUAAAAUUGGCACCAUUCUCAGGAGAAUAAUCUUCAGUUUACCUUGAUUUUGCCCAUGGUGAAGACUGGGCCUACGUUCAUUUCCAUUCCCUGAUAUAUAUAUUGAGUGUGAUGAUAUGUUUGGUGAAACAUGUUGUAAAGCUGCUAGCCCUAAUUUCAAUUGUACAUAAUUUUUUGGUAAAAUGCAUUUUUACCUACCACAAAUACUAGAACAACCAAAAUAUAAAACACAUGUAAGUAAUACUAAUGUGCAAGUUAAAAGCUCGAACUAAUGAUGGCAAUUGCCGUCAUUGAGAUAUAAAUUGCCUCAAUGAUGGCAAAAUUUUUACGUCAGGUGUACAUUAUAUGCCAGUAUAUACCAUUAGUACAUUUAAAAUAUGUCUACAUACAGCAAAAUAACUUUUCAGUGGUGUUUAUUUGUUGCAAAAAUAAUUUUUACAAAAAUUGACACAAGCAGGCUUUAAAUUGCCCUUGGUGAGCCAUUGCACCCUCAAUAAUUUAGUUUUUACAUUGCUGUGGGAGACAGAUUCUUAAGUUCGAGCCUUGAGUUAAUGAUAAAAAAAGCUAUAAUAGCCAAAAAUAUUUUACACUGCCUAAAAACGAAAAUCAAGGAUUAGCAGCUUUAAGAUGUCACCUAAAGAAGUAUACUGAUGGAAAGAAAUAUGGGAACAUAUGGUAUUGUAGACCAAAUGUAGUUCACUACUAGCAUUGUAAUGUCUGUAUAACACUACAAGGAUGUCAUAUGGGAUCGACUGUCUGUAAUGUAAAUUGAAUGUAAGGAACACAGUUAUCUUCCUGAUACUGUGGGUGAGGGUUCUGGUUGCUGUCAUUGUUUGCUGGUUUUGUUUAUGUGUUCCCUUAUUUCUUUCCAUCAGUAUAUUUAUGGUGGUUACUUGAUGCUAGUUACUCUGCUACAUUUAGGGGAUAAUUGUACUGAGUUUUCAGAUUGCUAAUGUAGAUUGGUGAUUUUAUCAUAGCAAAUUUAGUAGAGUUCUAAUCCGAUUAAUUUUACAAAUGUGUUGAAUUAGACUAAGAUGUUUUACAGCCACAAAAGAUUUGAUUCUUAGAACAGGUGACUGCAUAAGCAUAUUCACUUUUACAGUAAAGGCUACUUAUAAAUACAUUUAGUGUUGAAGAUUGUGGGCCGAAUUUACAAAGUUUGUUUUUGUUAAAUGCAGGGGUUAAAAUAUAGUAAAUGUUUGUAGUUACAAGCAUGUAAGUCUAAAAACAAGGUUGUAAAUUCGGCUAUGUAUCUUUGACAUAGUGUGAGGUGUUUAAGAAGAGGUUGUUUACUCGUUAUGUGGUUUUAUUAAUAAUUUUUGUUCAUUAAUGUUUGGAUGUUGUGUGUAGAGGUUUAAGACAGUAAAAACAUUGUGUGGGGGGUUUGUGUGUGUGUGUGUGUGUGUGUGUGUGUGUGUGAAAGAGACAGAGACAGAGACAGACAGACAUAAUUUACCAAUUAUAUUCUAUUUACAUCUAAGACUAAAGUUAUAAUUUCAGUUUUUUAUUUGGUAUAGUGCAUUUGAAACAUUUGUCACUCUGGUAUUUGAGUAAUACAUACCUUAUUGUAUAUUGUAAUGCAUCUUUGGCAUUAUUGGCUUUUAUAAAAGAACAAAGAAACCUUACAAAUAAAAAAGGAAGUCAUGAGUAACCAUGCUAAAAUAUGUGUCAUUACAUAUGUGUACAUAUGAUUUUUGGGUAUGUUGUACUUAAAUUAAAUUUAAUGCACAAAUUAAUAAAAAAAAUAUACUAGUCAACAUUUGCUAAUGUCCAAUAUAAUGAAGCAAAUGAAUAAACUACAAACCAUGAGUUGUAUCAUGGUAAUACUAUAUAGUGUGAGGGUAUGUUUAGGUGUGAUGGUGAUACCCAAUUUUCAUGAAUGUCUUUGUUGCUUACGUUAAUUUACUAAACUGGUUGAAUUUCAUACCGAGGGUUUGGUCCUUAGUGGUCCUUAGCAAAUGUUGGCUAGCACUCUAUAUUAAACCAUUAUCCAUUAUUCAAAAUUAUUUGUACUAAAUAUCUACGAUUCGUUCAUUCAUGUUUUGCAAGAAAUAAAAUAUUUUGUGUAUUCAUCUUUUUGCAUGACUUUGGAUGUUUCCAUGAAACGCUUCAUUUACAGAUUACAGGGUGUUCAUUAUAAUAAAAAGUAGGAUGCUGUUUUUCCGAAGGAGGCUGUUGCAUUUAAUGAGCCUAGAAAACAAAACUCAAGAUUCAAUUUUAAAAAUGCCGAAAAGUAGGUGGCUGCAUUGGUAGUAGAGCUAGAAGACUGAUUUAGUUGGCUGAAAAUGUAAUUUUGAUGGGGAGGGGUUUGCAAUUUAUACUAGUAUUUCAUAUUAAACAUGCUAUAAUAAAAAGCUGUAACAUUUUAUUUGUAUCAUUGUUUCUUUACUAGGUUGUAUCUGUGACUACGUACAUUUUUUUUUAAUGAACCACCUGCUCAGCAGCACCACUUGAACACCUACAUAUGUCAUUGAUUAUUUUCGUGCUUUCUUGCUUUAGGUUUAGUGCCAUUAUAUUUUUUAUUUCCUGUUGUAAAUUCAUAACAAGUAAUUCCAUGUCUUAAAAAUGUGCUUGUCAUUAAUAAUGAUUUCAUUAUUAGGUAGGGGUGUGGGGGGUAUUGCAAAAAUUAUCACAUGCAACUGCAGUGUGAGGGAGUUACUGAAAUCAUAUAUAUUUAUGGUUCAGCUAGAGUUGAAAUAAAACAGGUAUUUUCUUCUUUGUCUUAAGGGCUCUGGAUAACUUGAACCAUGCCUUUGUGUCAGUAUGUUACCAAGUGUAAUAAAUUUCAAAUUAAAUUAAUAAACUGAAGAACUAAAUUAAAAGUCUUGUUGUACUCUGUUUAUUAUUGGUGUUUAUCAAUUAGAUUUCUGUAACCUGUGAUUUUUGUGUAUUAACCACCAUGUGUCUGAUGUAUAUUUUCAAGACUUGUGUGUAUUUUGACUAAUAUGCUCUAACGGUUUUUCAUAGUUAAUGUUUAUAUUUAUUGAGGUGUUGUUGAACCGUGUUGUGUAACACAUGCUGUUUGGUUUGUACUUGUUCUUCACUAUUAUCUGUGAGUAGAAUCGGCUUUGUUGUUGUUUUGUUUAUUACUUUGUGUAAGUCAUAACUUUGUUUAAUACCAUUUUAAUAUUAAAAAUGGUAUGAUAUAAUCCAUAAUAAUUGGACUUGUUUGUCGACUUUCAAUUGUAAUGUGAAAUUGUCAUUUUCUGAAAGAAAGAAAUAUAAGUAAAUAUUUCAUAGUAGUUAUCUUUAAAUCCAUGACUAGUAUUUUGUUUAUUCCAAAAUUUCAUUUCUUCAUAAACAUAUCAAAAUGUUCAUAGGUAUAGCAGUCCUAAUAGUGUUUUCCCUAGAAAUUUGGCAAGGCAUGGUAGACUAAACAUUUUGGGGGAAUUUUCGCCAUUUUCAGAGCACUUGGUUGUUUUCAUUAAAGACAAAAAUAAAUUAUAGAAAUAAAAAUAUAUGUUAUUAAUGUGUUUACUUUAAUAAAUCAAUGGUAAUAUAUAUAUAUAUAUAUAUAUCUGUAACAGGGAUAGUUUAUUAAUUAAUAAUA